UUGUAAGAGCGUGACUUUUGCGUUUUCUCUGAAAAUCGUACGUACGUUGGUUGGAGUGUUUCUUUCUCACUCCUCUCUGCAAGAUCCGCAACCCAAACCCUAGCUAACCCCUACCGCAGAGGGAGCUGAGCAAGGACAACACCUUCACCCCUUCGCUUCUUCUCUUCCAUCCAGUUGGACUAGCUUUUGGAAACAAUUAUUAUGGCAACUCCAGAGCAGCAAGCCGCACCCAAAACUCCUGCGGCUGAUAUUGUUGGUAAUGCCUUUGUUGAUCAGUAUUACCACAUGUUGCAUGAAAGCCCUGAGCUGGUGCAUAGGUUUUACCAAGAUGACAGUAAGCUUGGGCGUCCCGAACAGAAUGGUAUAAUGGGUAUUACAACCACAAUGUUUGAUAUUAACAAUAAGAUACUAUCACUGGGUUAUGGUGAACUCAGUGCAGAGAUCAUAUCUGUGGAUGCACAAGAAUCUUAUGGUGGAGGAGUCCUUGUCUUGGUCACUGGGUUUAUGAUAGGAAAGGAAAACAUUAAACAGAAAUUUACUCAAUGUUUCUUCCUUGCUCCUCAAGAGAAAGGCUACUUUGUUUUGAAUGAUGUUUUUAGAUAUGUUGAUGAAAAUGGAAUCCAAGAGUCUGCUCAUGAGAUUGCAGCUCCUGUUGCUCCUGACGCUGCAACAGAUCCUUCUAUGCUGGAGACACAAGUUUCAGAGCAAAUAUCUGUGACAGCUGAGGAUGGUGAGGAGGAGGAAGUCUACAAUCCAGAAGAUGGCCCAGAAAAUGGUCAAGCUUUAAUUGAAGAAGAAGAAGCUCCUGUACCCGAGGUUCUUGAUGAAAUUCCUGAUGAUUCCCAGAUGGUAGCUGGAUUGCCAUCUCUAAUUGAGAAAGUUCCAAAGCAGUCUUAUGCCUCGAUAUUGAAGGUCAUGAAAGAGGGUGCCAUACCAUCUUCUACUGUGACAACUGUUACUGUGAAGUCUGCCCAUAAGAGCCAAGAACAGCAGGGUACUGCUGCACCUCCGCCAUCCAUCAUGUCAGAGACAAAUGGUUCUAGUAUAAAUACUAAUGAAAUUGGAAACAACCAAGAAGUUGAAGCUGAGGGCUACUCAAUUUAUGUGAAGGGUCUGCCAUCAAAUGCUACACCUUCCCUCCUUGAGAAUGAGUUUAAGAAGUUUGGACCUAUUAAGAGUGGUGGUAUCCAAGUUAGGACCCAAAAGGGAUUUUCCUUUGGCUUUGUGGAGUUUGAAGUGGCAAGUGCUGUGCAAAGCGCACUUGAGGCUUCACCAAUUUUGAUCAAUGGCCGCCACAUUGUGGUUGAGGAAAAGAGAUCAACUAAUCGAGGUAAUAGCAGAGGACGGUACUCAUCUGGCAGGGCCCCGGGGUACAGGGGUGAAGGUGCAAGAGGGCGUGGAAAUUAUGGAAAUGGCAGAAGCUAUGGUGGUCGCGGGGACUUUAAUGGCAGGGACUUCAGUGGCAGGGCAGAGUAUAGUUACAGGAAUGGCAACCGUGGAGGGUUUCCAAGCCGUGGAGGUGGUGAUGGGUAUCAGAGAAAUGAUCACAUGGGAACCAGCAGUGGCCGCAUGAAUCGAGCUGGUGGCUCUGCUGUUAAUUCAGCAGUCAAAACCACAGGUGUUCGUGUUCCUGCUUCUGCUUGAGGAGGAACUUUCAGUUAAGGAGACAUGCUGAUUGAAACUGUGUUUCAAUUUGCAGUUGGAGAAUUAAGGAGCGAGCCUUUUUUUGGUUGAGCUACUUAAAGAGUUUCUUAAGGUCUUUUUUUUUUUUUUUUUUU